UUCACUAGAAGAUUAGAAUAUGUGUUUUCGAUGCCACUUUUUGGUCACCAAAUCAAUUGUACUGAAAUGGAAGUGCAUUGCUUUCUUAAAAGUAACAUGCUUUUGCUUUCAUGUUGACUCACUCUCUAUCUGCUUCCACCUUACAACAACUAUUCUCAGAAAAUACCCCUCUCUCUUCUGUGUGCCAAAUACACUCCCAAGGUGCCACCACAGUCCAUCUUUCAGGUUUCUUCAUUAUUUCAGUAUUCUUCGAUUCAAUUUGUACUUAUGGAAUCUUGGAGUGGCAUCCCUGAAGAGAGAAGCUAUUUGUUUUGUGAUGAAAUGGACUUUUCAUUUGAUGCUUUUAUGAGAAGUCGAAAACCAUCAGUUGAAUUGGAGAACAAAUCUUCAGGUAACUUUGAAAGAGAUGGAUUUAAAAGUAUGGAGUUUGUGGAGUUGGGAUUUCCCGACUUUUUGCAGAAGUCUUUUCAUGGUAGCAAGCCUAUGAAGACAUCUGGGGCUGUUCAUGGUUCGGUUCAGACAUCAAGUUGUGAGCUAGAGAGUAAUAAUUCUAGUAAAAGAGGGGAUUCCUCUAUCCGUGUUAUUGCUUUUGAUUCGUUUUUUAAGGAAGAAGAUUAUGAGUCUAAGAAUUUAAAAUCUCUAUUUGAAUCGAAAAAUCAUGAUUCCACACCGAUACAUCAAACCGUGCUUUCAAAGAGAGCUCGCACUACCUCUUUACCUUCCCAGGCUCUUAUUUGCCAAGUUUAUAAUUGUAAUAUGGAUCUUAGCACCUCGAAAGAUUACCACAAAAGGCAUAAAGUUUGUGAUGUUCACUCCAAGACAGCUAAAGUUGUUGUCAAUGGUGUUGAACAGAGGUUUUGUCAGCAGUGCAGCAGGUUCCAUUUGGUAGCUGAGUUCGAUGAUGGUAAGCGCAGUUGUCGUAGGCGUUUAGCUGGACACAAUGAACGCCGAAGGAAACCUCAGUUUGAUUACAUGACUAGUAAACAACACAAGAUUCUUCAAUCUUAUCAAGGUACUAACAACUUUUCCUUUCAAGACAUAUUUCAAAGUGGAAUCCUUUUCUCAGCAAAGCAUGAUCAAAUCUCUCAAAGUGGACAUAUCAAACUAGAAGAGGAACCAAUUUGCAGCCCUCAACUAGACACGCACUCCACACUUGAUCACGAGUUAUCUAGUCGUGCUCUCUCUCUUCUGUCAUCUCAGUCACAGAAUCCAUCACGCCAUGCAGCAGGAAAUACAUUAGCUACCUCCCUUCUUUUUCACGGCAUCCACGAGCAAGACAGUGAUGACCAGGAUUCGAAAAAUGAAUUGUUACCACGUGAGAUAAACUCUAAGGGAGUUAUCAAAUCUGAAAAUGGAGUUACUGUUGAUUUGUUUCAGCUGUCUUCUCAUCUUCAAAGAGUGGAGCAGCAAAGAAAUUCUGUUUUGGUAAAGUGGGAAAAUGAGGAUUUUUGUUUCCCAACUGUGUGAAGACUUUGUUUUUAGCCUUAUGUGUCAUGGAAAUGAUUCUAUUUGUUGAUACUAGUAUAUUUUUAAUGUUCAAUCCAAAAAAGAUAUACAUUUCUAUGAUAUUUUUUGGUUGGAUUUUUUUUUAUGUGAAUAGACUCAUUAAUGGUUUAGUAUAAAGCAAUGAUAAGUUGAAAAGUGAGGGAUUUCAAUGUUAGUGGAAGUAUUGAGGGAAAAUCCAACUUUGUAGCACAAAAGUAACUAUGAUGCGUAAAUGUGAAUGAAUUUGAAUAUUUGAGAAAUGACGCGCUUUUCCUCUUAAAUAGGAGGAAUGAUUAGUAAUCGAAACUAUGAAAUGAGGUGUGGAUCACGGUCAUCCAUCAGAUUGAGAUUGAUAUGUGCAGUUAGCAAGUUUCCUUGGGUUAAAUUGUAUGCUCUUAGAGAGAAUAUGGUCCACCAAUUCAAUGCAUCUUUAUUGCCUUCUCUUUAUUAUUGGGUCUUUUGUCUUUGGACUUUGCAAAUGGCCAGAACA